AUGGCCAGCACCAACAACAAAGACGGCAUCGACGCCACCUCCCUUGCCCGCACCAUCUCCCACAUGAACAAGGACCACGCCACCGACCUUCUGCACAUCCUCAUCCACUUCAAUCCCCUAGCCCUCAUCCAGCUUCCAUUGGAUCUCGAAAAGCCCAUCCGCCAACUGGUCUGCGAUCUCCGAGGCGAGGACGUGGACAUCCGCCUCGUCGACAUGUCUCUGGCGGAAAUGCAGGUGCAGACCCGCGCCAAGGGUGCAGUGAAGGACCUCAACGGGGAGACUCCGAUGGUUACGCACAUGAUCCCUAUCAACCCGCCGAUGAAGAGCUGGGGAGAGCGGAGGGAGAGGUUGGUGGCCAUGACGAAGGAGGCCAGGGAGGGUUUGGGGCUUCCGGCUGAGGGAUUGCUCGAGGAGGUGAAAGGAAAUAAGGGGAAGAAGGAGGAGAAGGAUGGCAAGAAAGCAGAGAAGGAGAAGGGAGGUGCCGUGAUCGAUACGUAUCUCGCUCCCCGGUUGUUCUGGGACGGCGCCGUUGCCAUCAGCGUCGCCUUCUUCUUCGGGUGUUAUGCGGCCAUCCGCGGAGGGUACGUGGAGUGGGACCUGUGGGCGUGGCAGUUCACGCAGAGAUGGUGGCCUUUGGGAGGUGCGGGUGGGUUCAAGUGGUUGGUUAAUGCCAUGUUUUGGCCCGUGUUGGCCAUCCAUAUCUCGGAGAUGAUCAUGUUUGAUCGGUCGAGAUUGGCCAAGAGCGACAAGAUUCCCAUGGGUUCGCUGACCUGGUGGAAGUGGAUGGUUAGCGUGUUUUUUGAGGGCUACAUGGCUUUCCGGAGGUACGAUGAUAAGGUGGCCGAGUUGGAGAAGAAGCAGCAUUAA